AGCUUCUACUGCAGCUUCUACUGCAGCUUCUACUGCAGCUUCUACUGCAGCUUCUACUGCAGCUUCAGCCACUAAAACUAAAGACCUACAACUGAAACAGCGUCUUCUGCUGAGUCGGGUUUAAGAAACAGUUACAGUUUUUCUGGUGAAAUGGGCUCGUAUCCGGUGACGGCGGCUCUCGGCCGAAAGUUCAGACUGGGGAUGUUGUACGACGCACGAACAGAUCAGCUCCUACAAGGGAGCGCUCUGUGGGAUUCUGCAGUGUUAAAGUCCAUGACCCGGACAAGUCCUCAGCCCCACAGUCACUUCAGACUCUCCAGCUCAGACUCGGCUGAAGAGAAGGCGUCUCUCCUGGAGAUACAGGCCUCUUUAAGAGCCAGUGUUCUGUGUGGUUUUGUGGAAGGAGAAGGUUCGGCCAAGUUUCUCCACGACAAACAGCAGUUUAAAAACCAGAGCAGAGUGAUUCUGCAGUACAAAGCCAGCACUCACUUUGAGCAGCUGUCCCUCACAGCAGGAGACUGGGACAACAUGAAGGACAGGGACAUGGUGCAGAGAGGCCUGGCCACACAUGUGGUCACAGGGAUAGAGUACGGAGGGAACGUUUUCUUUGUGUUUGACAGUCACGUGGUCCAGGAAAGUGAACUUCAGGAGUUCAAAUUAAAUGUGAAGGUAGUGAUCGACUUAAUUUUCUUUUCAGUUCACUUUAAUUAUGAUGAAGACCUCACAGAAGAACAAAAAUCUAUAGCUGAAAAACUCACAGUGAAAUGGUAUUCUGACUUCCUUCUUGAGCGUAGUCCUGCUACUUUGGCAGAGGCAGUACAGACCUACAGAGAUAUGAGCAAACUUCUGGGAGAACAUGGAGAGAGCUCAGUCCCAGUGAGAGUGUGGAUGGUGCCAGUGACACAUCUGAACCCUGCAGCUAAUGGGUUAGUCAGUAGACACAUCAGUGUAGGUUUAGUGCUGGAGGCUGAGGAGACUCUGGAGGAUCUGGACAGUUUUACUAUGAGGAGUAAUGAAUGUUUGUCUGUCAGUGCAGUGGGGAAGUUCCCUGAGCUUCAGCAGCAGGUGCACAGGUUCUCCAAACUGUGUCAGAGUUACAGUGUAGAGCUGCAGAGGCAGAUGGCAGAGACAUGUCCUGCCAUUCGAGAGGGGACAGUGGAAGAGAGCGUCCUCAGAAGUCUCUUUGACCAGAGACUCAUGUCCCCGUUCAGCCAGGACAGACUCACCAAGUGGCUGGAGGACAAGGAGAGGGAGGUGAGUGUGGUUCAGUCGUGUUUAGACAUAAUGGAGGGAGAGUUAGUGUUGUCCACUCAGGCUGAGCUCGAUAAGUUUGUGUUGGCUCCAGGAGAUGAAGUCCGCUGGGUCUAUGUCUUCACCUCUCUGGGGAACGCAGAUCCUCAGCUGGAGGAGAUGGGUCAGUACCUGAAUACUCUGAAGUUGGGGGAGACUUAUGAGCCACAAUUACAGUCAGUAGAAGUUCCAUGGUUCAAUAAAGAUGAUGUGGUGUCCAGAAUGCGGCAGAAAGCUGUAAAUUUUCACAAAAACAAAGGUCAAGUAACUCAGUGUGUCACAGCGAGAAGCGGCACGUCCCACAUCGGUGCUGCUACUUACAAAUACAAAAAUGGGCUCCUGGUAGAAAAUUAUGAGUAACUGAGAAACCAAGUGGAGUAACUGUUGUCACAGAGUAAAAUGAGCUUCAAAUGUCCAGAUGAUCCUUGUCAAACUCAUCACCACUGUCCUGUAUUCUCUUUAAGCCAAUGAUUUUGACCUGAUUCUUUUUAAAUGUAACAAAUGUAAUUCAAGUAGGUGUGAUUUUCUUAGGUUGUUUUCUUGUGAAAAAAUAAAAACUGUUACAAUUUGUGAAUGAUAAAAAAAAGUGUAAUUUGAUCUAAUAAAUGGUAUGA